AUGAGCGACCUGCAGCGAGCAUGGGCCAAGGCCAAGUACAGCAUAUCUAACGAUACAUUUGACGAGGUCGACGAGGAGCACGAGAAUGAUGUACUCCCCGAGUUGCCGGAGCCUGUCGACGAUGACUCUUCCUCAGCCUCGUCCGCCUCAUCCGUCUCCUCGACAGGAACCAUCAUACCAUCGCCCAACCAGAAGCUGUUCGCUCGACCCCAAGGAGUCGCCCGCGGCAGGACCCUGGAGCAGAUCCCCUGGACAACCUAUUUUGAGCGCGAAUUGUCUCUGAAGUCAGAGCAGGAACCGGAAGUAGUCUAUCAUGCCUAUCUCACUUCACCGGUCGGGAAAGGGCCAUUGUUUGUGAUGCAUCAUGGUGCCGGAUCAUCGGGGUUGUCGUUCGCCGUUGUUGCUUCUGAAAUAAAGAAGCGGUUGUCAACAGCAGGUAUCCUGGCCAUUGACUGUAGAGGUCACGGGUCCACAAGCGCACCUGGCGACAAGGCACUAGAUAUGAGAUUGGACACUCUAUCGUCGGAUCUGUUCAGCAUGGUGCAGCUCACAAAGAAUGAGAUGGCCUGGCCAGAGAUGCCCCCGAUAGUGCUCGUGGGACACUCCUUAGGCGGAGCAGUUGUUAUUGACCUGGCCAAGUCCGCAAUGCACACCUAUUUGUCUACGAGACCACUGGGCUUUGCAACUCUGCAAGCAGGUAUCGAAUGGCACAUUAGAUCUCGGACGAUACGAAACUCCAUCUCCGCUCGGACAUCUGUUCCUGCGCUACUCGUAUUCAACGAGAACGACGACCCGACAAGGCCGUGGCGAUGGCGGACCAACUUGGGCGCAACACAGCCUUACUGGGAAGGUUGGUUUAUAGGGCUGAGCAAGAAGUUCUUGGGGGCGAAGGGAGGAAAACUCCUACUGCUCGCUGGCACUGACAGGCUGGACACCGAGUUGACCAUCGGUCAAAUGCAGGGGAAAUAUGCCUUGCAAGUGUUCCCUGAGGCCGGUCACUUCAUUCACGAAGAUUUGCCAGAGAAGACAGCCGUUUCGUUGGUCGACUUUUUUCGCAGAAACGACAGGAGUGCUCUCGUGCUUCCUCCUAAGGUUUCGGAUCUUCUCAAACAGGGCAAAAGAGUAUGA